AUGGCCCGACCCUCAGCGUCAAAAGCGAGGGCACUAGGGCGGCACUCCUUGGGCGCCGUCCCUGCUCGUCGCGGCGCCCUCCCCCCUGGCCACCGCCUCUGCCUCACCUGCGCCCGCGCCAGCGUUGCAGCCGAGCGCGGGCCUACCUUGCACCAGCACCGCCCCUGGACCUCAGCAGCAGCGCCUGGAGCAGCCGCCCCAGCAGCAGCAGCCUCUGGAGCCGCCGCCCAAACAGCAGCAGCCUCUGGAGCUGCCGCCACUGCAACGGCCGCCCCAGCAGCAGCAGCGCCUGGAGCAGCCGCCCCAGCAGCAGCAGCCUCUGGAGCCGCCGCCCCAGCAGCAGCAGCGCCUGGAGCAGCCGCCCCAGGCGCAGCAGCCCCUGGAGCCGCCGCCCAAACAGCAGCAGCCUCUGGAGCUGCCGCCACUGCAGCGGCCGCCCCAGCAGCAGCAGCGUCUGGAGCAGCCGCCCCAGCAGCAGCAGCGCCUGGAGCAGCCGCCCCAGCAGCAGCAGCCCGUGGAGCCGCCGCCACUGUAGCAGCCGCCCCAGGCGCAGCAGCCCCUGGAGCCGCCGCCCAAACAGCAGCAGCCCUAGGAGCUGCCGCCACUGCAGCGGCCGCCCCAGCAGCAGCAGCGUCUGGAGCAGCCGCCCCAGCAGCAGCAGCGCCUGGAGCAGCCGCCCCAGCAGCAGCAGCCCGUGGAGCCGCCGCCACUGCAGCGACCGCCCCAGCAGCAGCAGCGCCUGGAGCAGCCGCCCCAGCAGCAGCCCACGGCGCCGACCCCACAGCUGUAUGCACUGCCACUCCUGGACACGGUAUGGCUGCCCGUGCCUGUGCUGCCUGUUGCUGUCUGUGCCUGUGCUGCCUGUUGCUGCCUGUGCUUUUGCUGCCCGUUGCUGCCCGUGCCUGUGCUGCCUGUUGCUACCUGUGCUUGUGCUGCCUGUUGCUGCCUGUUGCUGCCCGUGCCUGUGCUGCCUGUUGCCGCCCGUUGCUGCCCGUGCCUGUGCUGCCCGUUGCUGCCAGUGCCUGUGCUGCCUGUUGCCGCCCGUUGCUGCCAGUGCCUGUGCUGCCUGUUGCCGCCCGUUGCUGCCCGUGCCUGUGCUGCCCGUUGCCGCCCGUUGCUGCCCGUGCCUGUGCUGCCCGUUGCUGCCAGUGCCUGUGCUGCCUGUUGCCGCCCGUUGCUGCCUGUGCCUGUGCUGCCUGUUGCCGCCCGUUGCUGCCCGUGCCUGUGCCGCCCGUUGCCGCCCGUUGCUGCCCGUGCCUGCGCUGCCCGUUGCCGCCCGUUGCUGCCCGUGCUUGUGUUGCCUGUUGCUGCCCGUUGCUGCUCGUGCCUGUGCUGCCUGUUGCCGCCCGUUGCUGCCCGUGCCUGUGCUGCCUGUUGCUGCCCGUGCCUGUGCUGCCUGUUGCCGCCCAUUGCUGCCCGUGCCUGUGCUGCCCGUUGCCGCCCGAUGCUGCCCGUGCCUGUGCUGCCUGUUGCCGCCCGUUGCCGCCCGUUGCUGCCCGUGCCUGUGCUCGUUGCUGCCAGUGUCUGUGCUGCCUGUUGCCGCCCGUUGCUUCCCGUGCCUGUGCUGCCUGUUGCCGCCCGUUGCUGCCCGUGCUUGUGCCGCCCGUUGCUGCCCGUGCCUGCGCUGCCCGUUGCCGCCCGUUGCUGCCCGUGCCUGUGCUGCCUGUUGCCGCCCGUUGCUGCUCGUGCCUUUGCUGCCUGUUGCCGCCCUGCUUCUGCCUGCGCCCUCGUGCGCUCUGCUGCUGCCUGCGCCCUCGUGCGCCCUGCUGCGGCCCGCGCCCUUGUGCGCUCUGCUCUGCCUGCGCCCUCGUGCGCUCUGCUGCUGCCCGUGCCCUCGUGCGCCCUGCUGCUGCCCGCGCCCUUGUGCGCUCUGCUCUGCCUGCGCCCUCGUGCGGUCUGCUGCUGCCCGUGCUCUCGUGCGCCCUGCUGCUGCCCGCGCCCUUGUGCGCUCUGCUCUGCCUGCGCCCUCGUGCGCUCUGCUGCUGCGCGCGCCCUCGUGCGCCCUGCGUUUUCCCCCGUCCAACGUUUUCCCCCGUCCAACGUUUUCCUCCGUCAAACGUUUUCCCCCGUCCAACGUUUUUCCGCGUUUAA